AUGAAGUUCGCAAAGGAACUGGAAAGAGAGCUGGUGCCGGAAUGGAGGGUGAUGUAUUUGGAUUAUAAGACUGGCAAGAAAAAAAUCAAAGCCAUCACCCGAGCAAUCAAAAGCGCCAGCCGAACACCAGGGAUUGCUCCUCGAUCACAGCCUGCGCGAUAUCCUCCGACGCCCUCUCAUACUCAAUCCUCAAGAUCUGGUGUCCCGGACCAGGCAGAUCUGCCCAAUCAGCCCGUUUCUUCAACCGAACAACAGCCGCUACAGACACCAGGGUCUCGUCUGUCGGGGCCAGUCGGCAGUUACGGAAGCAUCGUAGCGUCUCCUCGGCGCUAUAUCGAAAGCCCCGACAUCAGAUCACUGAGACUACCCGAGCCGGCCAUCGACCCAAACCAAGAUGUCUCCUCGACGGCGCAGAUAGAUCCUCAACCUGUUAAGAAUCCACCUCCGGUUUUCAGUCGAACAGUCUUAUCAGAUCCGGUUGAAUCGCGGCCGACGAAGACCCCGACUGGGUUCGGCUCUUCCACAUAUCCAGAGGGAUCACCAAAAGUGACCAGAUUUCCAUCCACAACCUCAGGCGUAUCCGUCGGCGGAACUGGCGUGCCUCGUACGCCACAAUUCAUUCGACGAGUCUUUUCUUCUGUAGAAGAACCGUCCUCGGCCAAUCCUUAUCGGGAAGUCGAGAAACGCCAGAGCGAAUUUUUUGCCUGGUUGGAUGAUGAGUUGAAUAAGAUUGACCAAUUCUAUCGCAAGAAAGAAGAGGAGGCCCAAGAGCGUUACGCAGCUCUUCACCACCAACUACAUGUCAUGUCGCAAAAUAGGCAGGAGGAAAUGAAAGGCGCCAGAGGGGUUGCCCAAGGGAAGAAACGGGGUUUUAUACAACGACCGAAAGCUGUCGCCGCGUGGAAUGCGGGCUUUUUGAAGAACACCCUGAAGGAUACAUUCUCGGGGAAGUCAUUUCGCUUCGGCAAGAACUCGCAGGCUCUAGCUCGGCUGGAAACGCCGGGAAUCCGACCAAGAGAUCGUGAAUUUAUGUUCGAUCGAAGGGAAGAUUUGGAGCAAAGUGACCAGCCUAAGAAGGACCCCGGAUAUCGCACUGCGAAGCACCAGCUCAAAGUUGCCAUGCAGGAGUUCUAUCGUGGCGUUGACCUACUGCGAGGCUACGCUAAUCUCAAUCAAACUGCUUUUCGGAAGAUCAACAAAAAGUUCGACAAGGCGGUCAAUGCAGAGAAACCGCUCGAGUACAUGACAGAGCGCGUCAACAAGUCUUAUUUUGUGAGGAGUGGAGAGACGGCCGAAAUCAUGCGAAAGGUUGAAGAUUGGUACGGACGGUAUUUCGAGGCGGGUAACACCAAAAUCGCAGCCACGAAACUUCGCAGUACAACACAAAGACCCGGCGACUAUUCGCCGCAUACUUUUCGUGCAGGCCUUUUCCUCAUGGCUGGAAUUUUGUUUGCUAUUCAGGCACUGGUUUAUGCGGUACAACAUCUAUCUAGCGAGGAUGACAACCUGCAGGUUCACACGAGUUAUUUGCUGCAGGUCUACGGUGGCUAUUUCAUGAUUUCGCUUCAUUUAUUGCUAUUUUGCUUGGCAUGCAUGGUUUGGAGUCAGUCCAAGGUCAACUAUCGCUUUAUUUUCGAAUAUAAUACUAGGCACACUCUGGAGUGGCGCCAAUUGCUUGAAGUCUCAACAUUCUUCAUGUUUCUUUUAGGGUUAUUCAUGUGGCUCAAUUUCUCAUGGGUCAAUGAAAUGUACAUAUACUGGCCGGUGGUACUCAUCGGUCUGACGGUCGCGAUUAUCUACCUCCCUGCGCCUAUCUUGUACCACCAGAGUCGAAGCUGGUGGGCUGCGACCAAUUGGCGUCUGUGGUUUUCGGGACUCUACAAGACUGUCGAGUUCCGAGACUUCUUUCUCGGCGACAUGUAUUGCUCUCAAACCUAUGCGAUGGGGAAUAUUGAACUCUUCUUCUGCCUUUAUGCCAACAAUUGGGAAUCUCCCGCAACGUGCAAUUCUUCCCAUUCUCGAGUGAUGGGAGUUCUCACAUGUCUCCCAUCUUUCUGGCGUGCGUGUCAGUGUGUUCGCCGUUAUACAAAUGAUAAGAAGCAUAAGAAGCUCUCAUUUCCACAGGACGCCUUCCCACAUCUGUUCAACUUGGCGAAAUACCUUUGUGGUAUUGCCUACUACUCGACAUUGAGCAUGUGGCGCAUCAAUAAAACCACCCGAUUCCAGGCGCCUUUCCUGACCUUUGCCCUCCUGAACUCACUCUACACAUCCAUCUGGGAUGUGCUCAUGGAUUGGAGUCUCGGAGACCCCUAUGCCAAACGGAUUCUCCUGCGAGAUGAACUUGCAUUCCGGUACGCCUCGAUUUACUAUUGUGCGAUCGUGCUCGAUGUGGUGAUUCGGUUCAACUGGAUCUUUUACGCCAUCUUCUCGCACGAAAUCCAGCAUUCGGCAUUUCUCAGCUUCUUUGUCGCUCUGUCGGAAGUUCUUCGUCGUGGAGUCUGGUCCAUUCUCCGUGUCGAGAAUGAGCAUUGUGCAAAUGUGACCAAAUUCCAUGCAUCCCGCGAACCCAAGCUUCCUUACAAAUUUGAGAUUCCGCCCAGGGAACGCGAAGGCUCACGUGUCAGUGACGUCCAGCUCCAGGAACAGCCAGCUCCUACACCCACCACGCCCACGAUCGACGUGGAGACCGGGGUUGGAAGCCCUGAGACAUCGACCGUUCGGCCUCGCUACCCACCGGGCUACCGUGCAGGAAGUCUGCGACGGCUCAGUUUCCGGGCAGGUACCGCUCACACCCAAGACUUUGAGCGACGACAACUCCCAUCCUACCUGUCCGAGGCUGCGAUUUCAUCAAUGGACCAAAAUUCCAGGGAUGACGAUGACGAUGACACUGACGAAGAAGAUUACAUCGACACCGAGAGUGCCGGAAACCCUCCGCUUAACGAAGAAGAUGAAAGUCGGUCUUCCUCCGGGAGUGAGAGAAUGCCCAAGGAGACUGGAAUCUGA